UAGAGCAAGCUUUUAACGGAUUUUCCACACCUUGAAAAACACAUCAAAAAAAGUGUCUUUGUGGCUAUUAUUACGCAUUACAAAUGGGAAGCAAAUUUUGAGAAAAUUAUCAGUAAAAGAUAAAUUAAAACCACAGAAAACUGUUGUGAAAUUGUGCAGAAAGACAUUAUUGAAAAAUGUUGCGAGAAGAAGAUGGGUUUGUCUGCGAUAUGGAAGUAUUUGAAAAUUCCGGGAAGAACCUGGCGGAGUAUUUGCUGAAUCGACAAGGCAUAAAGGUGUCUAGAAGAAGACUCUUUGAGUUUGAUCGGGAUGAGGAGAGUGAAGAGGUGUCUAUUAGAUUUGUAGAAAAUCACCAGGGAUUUCCAAUACUUCAACGCAAUUCCCCCUCCUCGAGUUCUACAUCAAGUACCACAUUUGUGAGAUUUAAGCCUUCUACAGCAAGUACUCCAUUUCCUAGAGAAAAUCUCCCAUCCUGCCCACGGAAAAUCGUUAGCGUGUCAUAUCCUAAUGCUCCUCAAAGACUUGUCAGUCCAGAGAAAACUCCUAAGCGAAAUAGCCGAGGCAGUACUCAAUCUUCCAGUAUUUCUGAUCCACAAAGUCCUCAUGGAAAUCGCAGGCAAAUUACUGUAAAUCCCCAAGUAUUGAGUCCAACUCCACCGUGUCCACCCUAUGCAGAUGAGCCUAUAGUAAGCUCUGCCAAGACUGUGGUGGAAAAUAUUCGGAAUAUUUCAGAAACGAUGAAAGAAUCAGAAAAGUCUAAGAUCCAGUCAAUUCAUGAGAAGAGUAAGCAAUCUAAGAAGACCAUCAGCGUAACUGAAAAGCCAUCAAGCAGAGAAGUUCAAUUUUCCAUGACAGAUGACGAGGAUGAUCCCGACGUACCAAAUCCAGAAGUUGUCCAAACAAAUACAAACCGAGAAAUACAGAGAAUGUCCAUCUCUGAGCCUCCGAUAAUUGAUCUGAGGUCGCCACAGCAAAAAAAUGAUGCAUCGUCUGGCUUCGUAGAUUUCAGUGCCCAGUCUUCUAGGACAACCGCAAAUAAGCCCAAAAGCGGAACUGCUGAAAUUGCCACAGGCAAUAAAUCCGUGAUCCCAGAACUACCUGAAGAGAGCACAAAUCUUCUAUCUCUUUGCAACCAGCGAUCUCAGGUUUCUCUGGUUCCAACAGCAACAUCGACUGUGACAAAUGAUUCCGGGGUCUUCAAGGCGCCCCUUGCUACAGGAAAGAGGGGCAGGAAGAAGAAGAAAUUGGAUUCUCCGUUAGCUAGAAUGAUUCAACUGGAGAGUAGCAUCAGGAAAUCUGUUCCACGUGAACUUGGUGUUUCUAAGAGGAAGUUGUACUCCAAGGGUAGUGAGGAAUUUUUACAUGAAGCCCUGGUAGAUGAUAUUGGUAGAAAGGAUUCUGUUUCACAUGAAUUGCAACAACAGCAGCAGGAGCUUGAGGUUGAGCUGGACUCUGAUGAGUUAAUGGAGGCUGAAGCUGAGGUAUUUGAUAUCGCAAAUAUUACUCAGCCUUGUCAUAUUGCCGUUGAGCGUAUAAACAUUACUAAUGAUUUGAAGAUGUUGACUGAGAAAGAAAAACAGGAAUACAAGAAGGCUAAAAAGGAGAAGAAUUUUAAUAAAGAUAAGGAUAUGAAGAAACAGAAAGAGAAGGAGGAGAAAGAGAAGAAAAAGAUGGAGAAGGAGAAGAAAAAGGAGGAGAAGGACAAGAAGAAAAAGAAGGAAAAGAAGAAAGAGGAUGAGAAGCCACUUGAAGAGCAGGAAGAAAAUAUUCCAAUUCGACGAUCUCAACGAAAACGAUAUGCUCCAAUGGCAUUCUGGCUGGGAGCUCAACGAUCACCACUUAUGGUCAGAACUUAUAAUGAAAAGAUAGAUUUAAAAAAGAGAUAUGUUAAACAGGGAUCUAAAUCUACACCAGUUAUUAAAGGGGACUUUACAGUUUUGAUGGAGAAAAAGGAAAAAAAAGAGAAGAAAUCGAAACCUAGAAAAAAGAUUAAGUUUUAUUCAGCGAAAAAAAAACGAAAUAAUACUAAGCAAACUGAAGUGUUUGAACCUCAGCUGGAUGCAGAACUCGAAGAGCGUACACAGUCUCCUGAAAAAGUGGUAGACAAAGAAAGUGGCAAGAGUAAAAGGCAGAAGGACCGUGCUAAAAAGCUGGAAAAUCAAGUGGAAGUACAUGAGAAACAAUCGCAGUUGCCAAACGCGAAAGACAAAAGAAAUGAAAAGGAAACUUAUGAAAAAAAUGAUGACCAGAAGAGGUCUGAGCAAUCUUUGGCAUCAGAUGCUCAAAGUAGCGUUAGCGUAGUCUCGUUUGGCGAAGAACUCUAUAAUUUGUCAGAGACGGAUAAGAUGCUUGGAGCUCUUGUUAUUAAUGCUUCAUCUCAAUCAUGCGAACAUUUCGAGAUGAGGACCAUUAUUGAUGGCAUUCAUAUGUUUGUGGCACGUGAUCACGAUGGUUAUGGAUAUUUUCUCUUUGAACCAGGCACCAAGAAGAAGUGUUGCAGAGUUACACAAGAAUAUUUGUAUUUGGCUGUCGUGAAGGGAACUUUCUUUACAAAAAUUAAUGGAUCUGCAAGAGAAGUAAAUGAAAACGACAUGAUUGUUCUUCAUAAAGGUACAAAAUACGAAUUGAUUUAUUCAGAGUUUAAUCGGGAGCUGGGAAAAUUAAUAUUUUUUUUGGGUUAAAUUUUAAUAUUGAUCAGAGAUUGUAAGAUUUUUUAAAAUAAACAUUGGCAAUUCAAAAUUCCUAAA